AUGAAUCAAUAUGAUUAUGCUUAAAAUAGUUUAAGAGUAUCUGAUUUUCAAAUAGUUCNAAAUCAAAUGAAGAAAUUAGAAAAUCACAUUAAGAAUUAUUAUUUUCAUUUAAAUAGACUGAGUAAAUCAAUUGGAUUGAUGAAUAUAAUAAGAAAAAACCUGAAAUUCAAUAAGCAUAAGUUUAAGUAUUUAAUUAUGAAGAAGAUUCUGAAAGUAAAAGUGAUUAAUAAUUAAAUGAAUUAUCAGAAUAAAACAAUAUUGUAAUAAAUUUAUUUAUAUUUAUUAGGAAUAAGUAGAACAUGAUUUUGAAAAAGAAGCUUUUAUGGAUAAAUUGAAGGCAUUAAGUCCUUCUAAGAAUAAUUAAUUUUAGGAGGAGAAGAUUGUUGAAGUAAAAGAAGAGAAUUAGAAUAAAAAAGAUAAUUAAAAAGGAGAAGAUGAAGAUGAUGAUGAAGAUGAUGAAGCUACUUAUUAACUUGAUGAAAAUGGUUUCUUAUUAGAUGAUGAAGGCAAUUAUUUAUUAGAUGAAAAUGGUUAAAUGAUUCAAUUAAAUGAAACCUAAAUAGAGUAUUUAAGAAAAUAAGACAUGGUUUAAGAGGAAGAUAUUUGA